GCUGCUUUAAUCGAGUUCGUAUAUGGUUUCGUUUUAGAAAAACUAAGCAACGAACGAAUUCUCUCUUCUUCUUAUUUUGAUUUGAAAAUUUCAAUCGAUCUGCACACAGAGACGGUGUUGCAUGGACAAAGUGUGAGAUUCGAUAUUAUUUUAAGCUGGAAAAAUUCUGUCUACGAACGGAACGUGUGGUAAUUAUCAAGUGGUUUCGAAAAAUCGUUAAAGGAUUCAAAUUACCAGAAGCGGAAGAGAAAAUUGGACAGAGAAAUACAAAAAGAAAAACAUUUGGAAGUGGUAAAUCAAUAUCGGAACAAUUAAAACCAAUAAAUCAUCGAGUGAGACGAGUGUGACAAUAUAUUUUUUCAUUCACGAAUUUGAUUAUCGGGGAACAUUUUCAGAGCAGUUUUUCAACGUGUCCAUUUGUUUUUUUUUUAUCGAUUUUUUAUUGACAUAGACAUUUUACGUUUUACGAUACAAACUCUAGUGGAGUGGUGCACACGUUUGAAAGUCACAACAAUACAUCAUAUUUUAUUUUGUCGUUUUUUCCCUCGCGGUGUUGGUGUUUGUACGUUAUAGAUUAAACUAUUUGAUAACUAUUCCAUGUUGAUAACAUCGAGCUUUUGAACGAAACAAAACCGAUCGGAGAGCGCAUUUUGAGUUGCGAGUCAAUAUCCCGCGACACACAUACACGCACAUAACGAACAAUUUGUGGUAACAUUUACCGUUUGUUUACAUCAUUUUAUGGACAUAAGCAAAUAAUAAUGGUAAGUUUUGUUGUUGUUUCUUUUAUGGCUGGCACUGCAAAUGUCGGCAUAUCCUUAUGAAUUUUUUAAAAACAUGAAUGAUAAAAGAUUUGUUCCCUAACGCCCCCAAUCUAUUACUGAGCCAAACAAAAUCAAUAUUUACUUGAUGAAUAUUUCAAGAAAGGAACACUUAACACGAUUUGUUCGAUUUAUUGCGAUGUAAACGUAAGCGAAGAACAAAAAUUUGCAAGGCAAAGCGUUAGUCUUUUUUUUGGCUUUGCUUCACAUGAUUCUCUCUAUUGAGCUGCAUUUUUUAACGAUUCAAACAAACAAAAAAACAAAAACACCUUACAAUAGAGCUCGCAAAUACAUAUAGCUCGAACAGCAAUUCCGCCCACUUUGGCGAAAACAUAAAUCACUACAAUUUCUUGCAUUAGAAUUUAAAUUAUUGGUGAUCUCAUAGCCAGCGAUAAGCAUCAACAUCAGCAUCAGCAGCAGCGCAUCUAUGUGUGUGUGUGUAUAUAUAAUUUUUUUCGCUUCAAAUAAUGCAUAAAUUGAAACGCAUUACUGACUCUUUUCAAAUAUGUGAAUCGGUUCCAUUGAACGAACCGCACCAAACCCAUUCAAACGAAAUAACAAAAACAUUUAUUUGUCAAAAUGGUCCGAAAAAAAAAAUUUAAAUUACAAUCUGAAAAUGAAAUGCAGUAUAUUGCUUGACACAGUAAUGAGAUUUCAUUUUGAAACGGGCAACUUCAAAAGGUCCAUCUAUUUCUACAUAUGGAUUCUGACAUACCAUAAUGUUGUUUUUCUCUCUUUUUCCAACUACGUUUCAGAUUUUCAAUUCAAAUACACACAUUCCAAACAAAUAAAAUGCAAUGAAUAGUAGACUAUUUUAAUAAGACUGGCUUGGGAGUAACAUUGAAAAUACAGAGAGAGAGAGAGAGAGAGAGAAAACCGUCCCUAUUUGAAUUGGAAAAAAAAUAUAUGAAUGAAUGAGAUAAUCUUUCUCUGGCAUUAGAUUCAAUACAACACACACACAUACAUUCAUACUCUGUGCACACGUCAAUUGGGAAUAGUUCUAAAAAAAAUGCGGUCUUACAUCAUCGUGUCAUUCAGAAAUUUUUUCCACUUUUUUUCUGGUUCGAAAUGAACAAGAACAGAAGAAGAAGAAGAAGAAACAGCGAGAGGCGCAAGCGAAAGAGAGACGAUGCAGAACAAACAAUAUGUGUGCGAGUGCAAUGCAUCGAUGAAACCCAGAAAAACAGACAAAGACGCAACGAGGAAGCGAAAUAGUAUACGUUACAGCUCUGUAUGUGUGUUCCGCCGCACCACUAUUUUUGUUAUGUUUUUGGUGUUACUUCGUUAACGAAGUUUUCCAUAAAAUUUCCAAAAACCCAUUUCUCAAUGCUCACAUGGCAUCUAUUUCGAAUGGCGCAUACACAUUGUUCGUUACACUCUAAUGUGUACCAUUCAGUUUGCUCAUUUAUUGCCGUUGCUGUUGCCGCUGCUGUUGCUGCCGUUACUGUCGAUCAAUGUGAAUGUGUAUUAAAUGUGAGAGCAUAUCGAGUUGACUAAUUAAAAGUUACUGCGCCAUAGAUGUUUGGCCCGUGACAUCAACUAACUCGGCUACACAUUCAAACUAAGAAUGAACGGAAAUUUUGAACGCAAUCAAAUGUUUUUUGAUCAAUGGAAAUGACCCAAUUUCAAUGGUUGCCCUAUACAAUUUUUAUCAAUCAAGGAUGUUGAACCAAUUCCGAGGGACAUGUCAUUUUAUUCGAGUAAUUACGGUUCGUUCCUUAAUUUCAUUGACAUACACUCAUAUCGACCGGACCGAAAUGACCGAUUUUCCCAAAGCACGUUCAUACACAUUUUAUGAGUUACAUUAAUAAAACAGUCGACAACUAUCAUCACACAAUUGUAUUGGGCUUCUUUUCCAGAUUUUUCGUUAUGUGAGGGCGAUAUAUCAGCUCAUUUUUAUUCCAUCCAUUUGUUGUACUGUGUUUUUUUUUCGGGUUUAUUCUCCAGAAAAUUUCAUUCAUAACGACACACAUUCAUGAAAUGAAUCCUAAACACAUUGACGAAUUUCCUGGGAAAAAAAAAUAAUUGUUUGAAUGUCGUUAAAAAAAGAAGAAGCAGAACACAAAUCUGUUGAUCUUUACUACUCGUAUGAAUGGAAAAUGAAGAGAGAAAACAAAGAGAAAAACAUGAGCUGGAAAACUGAGAGCAGAACUUUUUUUUUCGUCAAUUCUACAUGGCUUGAGCAUGCGGUACUAUGUACUUGUGUAUGUGCCGUUUAAAUGGUUUAAAAAUAAAUGUUCAAAUUACAAAAUUGAAUAUAAUUGCUUGAAAAAGUUAAUAGGCUGCAGCAGCAGCAGCAGCAGCGGCAACGACGACGGCGACGACGACCGACAGCAACGACAGCCUAGAAUUUAGAAUUUAAAUACGUUUGGCAAACGCUGUAAAAUGAAACAUGCAAUUAUUUUGGAAUUUGAAUAAAAGCCACACACUUUAUAUGCAAGUGCAAGCUAUGUGAGCUCUCUGUCUUGCCGGCUCGAUGGAUCGCUUGAAGAAGUGAAACGCCAUACUUUUCGUUAUUGUUGUUGUUUCGUAUAAUUAAACGUCAAUUUGAGAAUGAGAGAAGUGAAAAUUCCAUUCGGAGAUCGAUUCCAGUAAUUUGUGGUAACCGUUUGCUGUGUUCUCGCCGAACGAUGCUGAACGGCAAUUUAAGUUUUGUUAUUUCUCUCACUUUGAAAAAUAUCUCAAUUUUCUAAUCAUACAACAAACAAUCGGCCAUUAAAAUCAAACUGGCUGAAAAUUACAAGAAUGCAGCACCCGAUAAAAGUGCUUCAAGUAGAGAGAGAGAGAGAGAGCAGCAGUGGCAGCAAAUGCAAAAAACGUAUAUAGUAGCAAAACGCAUUGAACAAAAUACGCAAAAUAGAAGAACUAGGUGCCGAAACCAUUUUUCAGUGUUGAUUAUGUAAGCGUGCAACGAUCCAAUGCAUAAAAUGGUCGAUAAUUACAUUUAACACCGUGUACACAUAUAUGGUCAAUCGAAUUGCAAAGUGUGCAAACUGCAAUUCGUGCUCCGUGCAACGUGUGGCUGGCUGCCUGGCUAACUAACUGACUGUAAAAGACCCAGACGCACUAACACAUACCGGCCUCCCCGAUCAAUUGUUGAUUAGCUGCUGCGCCACAAAUUGAAUGUAUCCGUGCACGCCAAUCCGUUCUUAUGACACCGAAAGCGAUUUUGUUGUUUGCUUCUCAAUUCAAUGCAAUCUUUUUUUUGCUGUUGCUUUUGUUCGUUUGCUAUUAUUUUGCUGCGCAAAGUAAAUUCUCUAUUCUGUCUCUCGGCCGUCCGAUAAAAAGUUGUUGCUGCUGCUGUGGUUGCUGGUGCACAUUGUGUCGUGCGACAAUCAAGCGGAAAAUAUUGAAAUUUUCUGCAUUUUUGCAAAGGUCAUUUGAUUUACUUGACAAGUAUGUUUGUACUCCUAUGCAAGCACUUUGUCAAUGGUAUCAUUGACGGUUGUUUUUAGUGGCAUUAGAGAGAAGGGAACGUAGAGGCAAAAGAGAAACACCAACUGUGAGGUGGCAAUUACCAAAACGUUCAUCAACACAUUCGGCACAAUCACACACUGUUAUAUUUCCCACAUAUUUCUCUCUCUCGCUCUGAGUGCAAUGGUGAUUUGGUGUUUUUUCGGGGCUAUAGUUCUUUCCUAACUAUAGUUGCAUUUUUUUUCUCAUCAUCUGACGAUGGAUUUGUCCUAUCGGAAAAUCGUUUUUUUUUUAACUUGUUCCCAUGUUUUAUGGGCUCAUACUUAUCAUCAAUUUUCCGAGUUUUUCUAGUGUUCGUUGUUAUUCUUUAGAUAUUUUUUUCCCUUUUUCUGUUUACCUCUACCGACCGACCGACCGACAGACAGACAGAACGAACGAAACAUGGCAUUCAUGAAAAAUGAACAAACACCACUCAUUGAGUAAAUGGAUCCAUGAAUAAGAACCGAUUUUCAAAAUUCUACGAAUUUUAAGAAGUAAAUCUGUGUGUCUUUUCGUUUUUCAACAACAACAAAAAACUAGAAGAAAAAGAAAAAACAACAACAACAACUAAGAUUUGUUGAAUGAAAAAUCCACGGCCUUACGUUUUUUUUUAUCGGAUUGAGACUGCAUCUAGACGGCGAAGAAAAAGAACGAAUUGACGUAUUUAUGUCCUUUUUUUUAAACCCGAAAAUAAGAUUGUAUGCAUAUCAUAAAUAAAUAAAAUAUCGUUGUCGCCUUUUCUCAUAACUUCAAGACGAGAGAGUGCGAUCCAAAGCAAGAACUUUUUACGUAAUUUCUGUUGAAAUGUGUUCGUUUUUGUUCGAAGUUCUUUCUUUCUAUCUUCAUAGCCGGAUGUAGUAAUUCAAGCGCAGUAAACAUAAACAAUUCCCUUCAUUUGUAAACGUCUUCCGUUGUCGUAUAUGGCUUUGCGCUUCAUGUGUUACACAUUUUGAUGCCUCAAGCGCGUCAUUCAAACAAAAACAUAUAUACAAAACCAAAUAGCCGAGAUCGUCUUGGAAACGCAACUUUUGGAAUAUUCCGACAAUCAUGCAAACACAUGCAUUCUUUUCCACAGAACAACCGAAUGAUUCAUACGGAUUAAUUUCAAACUCCAUGCAAAUUUAAGAAUGAGCAUGAUGCGAUUGAGUAGUUAGAAGAGCACGUCAAAUUUGUUGUUUUUUUUUAUAGAAUUCGGGUAUGACGAGCUUAACCUUGAAAAUCGCUUAAUAGCGAUCAUUGCGAAAAUGGUAAAAAAAAUAGUAUACACACGCAGAGAGAGACGUUAUGAUGUCAUCAUUGUUUUGAAUGAUUUUGUACACAUGGUAUUGCGCGUCUUUCACGCGCUCCACACGGGAUAUACACAAAACAGAGCUGGCGAUCCCGCAGUUGAGUUGUUUAUCUGAAGAAAACAAGAAGUUCUCUUUAUUUUGUUCCAGAAAAACGUGUAAUUUUGAAAGGAAAAGUUUAAAAAGUUCCAAAUUUAAAAUACUUGGUGAAUUGAACGUUGGGUAGCCCCUUCUUUAUUGUAAGUGUCCUUUUUCUUUAAAUUCAAAUUAACAAAAGGAAAAAUUCCAUCCAUAAAUAAAGGACGAUGAAGCAAUGUGAAGGGAAUGUAUUUUGGAAUACAACGAACCAAAACAUGGAACCAAACAUUAUUCCCGGUUUCCUUCUUCAUUUCGUUUGAAUAUUCGAAAAACAAAUCCUUUUCAUUCAAUUUUAAUAAAGUCGUUUUUUAUUUCAAAGUUAUGUUCCACAUUCUGGGCUGAGUUGCGUAUUUUUCUGUCAACUUUCUUCAGUUGUUGUUCGUCUGCUGGUCGGGAAGUGAAAUGUGCAAACAAAAUGGGUAGAGAAUAAAAGAGACAGAAAAAAAUACACGCAGCUGUUUCGAUGUAUAAUGAUAUGCAUUUAGAUCACACAUGGAAAUAUCCAUAAUAUAUUUGCUACUCGUUUUGUAUAGAAACCAAGCUGGAUUGCAGCGAAAAUGGUUUUAUUUUUGACGGAAAAAAAAAUUGUCACUUCAUUUUGAAUACGUUGAAUGGCGGUCGUCUGCGGGGCGAAACACGAAAAUGCAUUGGGUUCCAUUUGUGAAUGCAUUGAAAAUACGAUGAUGUCGCAUUUUAAAAGAAAUGCAUCCUCUCUUCCUCUGGCUGAAGAGCCAUUAACACAGCGCAAAAUAAAUGCGUUGUAAAAUUACAUUUAGAGUGGCUCGCCGAACGUCAUCAUCGUAACAAUGUUCAAAGUUCAAGCAUCGGAUGGGUUUCCUUUCGAUUCGAUAUUUUAAAAAUGAACGGGCAAAAAUAAAUGCUCAUCGAACAAAAUCACAACAGCGGCUAAGUGUAUUUCGGUUUGAAACUAUGUUUCGAGAAAUUUCGGCUUCAUUUCCAUUGAAUUGCAUUUCAGCUGUUCACCCUAAUUCUCUUCACGCUAUCCGAACCACACACAGUGAAUGUCUUCUUUUGAUGAUGACAGCACGCGCGCACUCACUAACCGCCCGUAAAAAACGCGUGCAAACGAACGAGACGAAGCGAUGAGCGCGAGCGUGAGAGAGAGAGAGAGAGAGAGAAAGCAAUACGAUGAGAGACAAGGCGCAUGUGUAGCAAAAGUAUCAUACGAAAAUUAAUAAUACAAACGGUGUUCGUGUUUGUGUGAGCGCUUGUUUACUGUUCUGAAUUCUUACCGAACUGAGAAUAGAGAGGAACUAAAAAUACACACACACACAUGUAUAUUCUAGCUAUUGUUCUCUCCAUGUCGCAUGUUUUGUGUUGUUCCUGUUUAUUAGAGAGUUUCGGUCGUGAAAUACGAAAGCAUUAGAAGCACGCAUUUAACCUUUUACGACGAAAUUUUUUUCGUUCCAUAGUACCAAAAAACCGAAGAGUGAGAGAGAGAGAGAGAGAGAGAAAAUAAAACAAACUUGAGUGCGUCGCGUGAAUCGGUAACUUUUUGAAGAAAUUUUUUUUAUCUGAAAAACAAAUAUAACCGAAACCGCAGUAAAAGUAAUUCCUCUUUUUUUUCUGCUGUUGCAAAAUAAAGUAAAUACUCAGUUCAAGAUAAGAUUCGAUUAGUUUGCGGAAAUAGACCAUUCAAUUCAGAAAAAAAUUAAAAGAAGCCGACGUUCUGUUGUGACGUUUUUCAUUAUCAACAGUCGAUUUCGAUAAGCGUUUGGGCUUUUUACAACUUUAUCAAAUAACUGGAGAAUAUUUUUUUUCACUCUGCGUGACUUCACUUAUAACUCAUCCGUUGUGGACGUCUGUGUGAUUUUUUUUAAAUGUCCGUACAUAAGGUCAAGAAAAAAAUAUUGACCACUUGAACAUUUUGAUGAUUGAAGUAUUGUGUUCUUCGGCUGAACCGAAAAGAAAACAGAUCGAUAAUAAUCAACCGUUUGACUCGUUUUGCUUGAUUGGAUCUCAUUCGAACAGCAAUCACGAUGAAGGUUUUAGUGCCCAAUACAACUAAUUCGUAUUUCCCAAAAUUUCAAACGUCGAGAAAAGACGGCGAUGAAGUUGACAAUCGAACUACUGAAUCAAUGAAGGAUACUCCAAAUAUAUCAACGUCACCACCUGUAUCACCGAAUACACCGAUCAUAACAAAUAAUCAAACAAGCGCAAGCACAACCAGCAUCCAAAUGUCGACCAAUGAUUUGAGCCGCGAAGAAAACCGAUUUAAAACAUUCGACGCCAGUUGGCCACACACAUUCAUCAGUCCACGCGUUCUUGCCAAAACUGGCUUCUACUACAUUGGCCCACACGAUCAAGUCCGAUGCUAUUUCUGCAAAGUCGAAGUGAGCAGCUGGGAAAAUGGUGACAAUGAAGUGAAUGAACACAGUCGCUGGUCACCAAACUGUCCAUUGCUGAAGCGUCGCGAUACAUCAAAUGUGCCACUUGAUCCAGUAUCGGAAUUGGACCAAUUGUUGCCACCCGUUAGCUACGAUGUAUGUGGCACAUAUGGUAUUGAUCGACGACAGGGUGCCUACACCGAAACCCCAUUCUCACCAUCGUCAAGUGGCAGUGACAUCGUUGAAAAUAUCAACACAAAUUCAAAUUCAACCACCGUUGAACGUGAAACACAAACGCUUAAACAUCCCGAUUUCCCCGAAUUUGCCAUCGAAACUGCACGCUUGCGAUCGUUCGACGAAUGGCCGAAAACAAUGAAACAGAAGCCCAAACAACUCAGCGAUGCCGGCUUUUUUUAUACACAAAAAGGUGACCGUGUAAUUUGCUUCAGUUGUGGCGGUGGUUUGCGCGAUUGGGACGAACAAGAUGAUCCAUGGGAACAGCACGCAUUGUGGUACAGCAAAUGUGAUUAUCUGCGAUUGGUCAAAGGUCCCGAAUACAUUGAAGCGGUGAAAGCAAAGUUCGCUCAAGCCCAAAAUGAAGAGCAAACCAACGGCGGUUUAUCGUCAUCGUCACAAGAAUCGGUUGCAUCAUCGUGCAGCAGCGGUAGUAGCAGUGGUAGUUCAUCGGCAUCAUCGACACCAGUUAAUUCGCAAAUGUGCAGCGGCGCCAGCGGCGAUAAAGACGAACAAAAUCCCGACAAUAAACUAUGCGAAUCGAGACUAUGCAAGAUUUGCUAUUCAAGCGAAUAUAACACCGCAUUUUUCCCAUGCGGCCAUGUGAUUGCCUGCACAAAAUGCGCCUCAUCCGUAACCAAAUGUCCGUUGUGUCGAAAGCCGUUCGAACGUGUGAUGAGAGUGUUUUUCUCUUAGGCAGAACAAACCAAAAAAUUUAAAAAUUUAUAUAAAAUGUGAAUUUUUUUUUCAACCCUAAUUUUUUGAUACUUUUAAAAAAUUGAUUUUUUUUUUCUUUCUUAAAUUAAGGUUAAGAAAUGAAGAUGAAUUUAAAACGACAUAACAUAAAAAGCUAUUAAGUAAUAAACAUUAAUGUUAAGACAACAAAAAUUACACUUGUACAGCAAUCAAUAAUAAAAAAAGGAAUAAUUUUUUGUGAAA